AUGGCUUACAGAUUCGUCUUAACUGCCGAUGUGGAGAAGAUGUUUCGGCAAAUCUCGGUCCACGAAGACUACCAAGCUUUUCAGGCAAUCCUUUGGAGACCUGACACCUCUUCUCAGCUUAAAACAUACUUACUGAUAACAGUCACGUAUGGUCUUGCGUGUUCCUCUUUCUUGGCAACUCGCGUCUUGCGUCAACUGGCCUUCGAGCAUGCUGAAUCUCAUCCCCCGGCCUCAAGGAUCCUACGCGAGGAAACCUACGUAGAUGAUUGUUUUUUAGGCGGUCAUUCAGUGGCGGAGAUCUUGGUCAAAUGUGAGGAGCUCGGUAAUCUGACGCAAAUUGGUGGAUUCUCUCUGCGCAAAUGGUCUUGCAAUUUGCCGCAGGCUCUCGAGAGCAUCCCUAUAACUCAUCGUGUUAAUCAACCAAAGAUCCUGGAGACAAACGGAGAGUCUAUAUCUGUCCUUGGACUGUCUUGGGAUCCCAAAUCCGAUGAAUUUGCAUUUAAAUUCACGAUCGAUCAACUCCCCAGAUUUUGGACCAAGCGGAGCUUGUUCUCUCAAGCUGCUCGGUACUACAAUCCUUUGGGCUGGUUUUCGCUGAUUAUUAUAGUUCCCAAAAUGUUGCUACAGUCACUGUGGUUGCUUAAGAUAGCGUGGGACACGCCGCUUCCAGCCCCUGUUGUUGAAACCUGGGUGAAGUGGCUGAAUGAGAUACCUGAGAUCGAUUAG